CAGAUCUUGUGCAUGAUUGUUUGCAAACAUUGGAAACUGUUUAUUCUUCAAGACCAAAUUUGAGAGACAGACCUCUUGAAAAAGCUGACCUGGAGUUCUACACUGAUGGCAGCUCGAGUAUAGAGAAUGGAAUUCGAAAAUCCGGAUACGCUAUUGUGACUACACAGAAUGUGAUAGAAGCAGGACCUUUAAACCCAUCUGUUUCAGCUCAAAAGGCUGAACUCAUUGCUAUGACUCGGGCUUUGCAAUUGGCGGCCAACAAAACUGUCAAUAUUUAUACUGACUCUAAAUAUGUUUUCCUUGUUUUACAUGCUCACGGAGCACUAUGGAGAGAGCGAAGUCUACUUGAUUCAAAAGGAACAGGCAUUAAGCAUAGCAAGCAGAUAAAAGCCCUCCUCAAGGCAGUCUGGGAACCAAAAGAGGUAGCGGUAAUGCAUUGCAAAGCACAUCAAAAAAAAAAUGAUGAUCCCUCCACAAAAGGUAAUCGAUUUGCUGACGCUACAGCAAAGAAAGCAGCUAAAAAACCUCAGACGGACUUGCUGCCCGAAGUAAGUAAUCUGUUACCUCUCCUCCCAGACUUAUACCAGCCUGUGACACCACAGUACGGGGAAAGAGACAAACAAUUGAUAAGAGAGUUUCAAGCAAAGAAGGGGGAGCAUGGGUGGCUAGUAGCAAAGGAUGGCCGCAUUAUCAUCCCAGCUGCCUGGGUUCAUGUGGUAGUGAAGAGAGCUCAUCAUGGCACCCACUAUGGACCCAGGGCCCUGAUAAGGUGGAUCAGUCACUAUGUAACUGGAGUGGGAUUAAGAGAGGCUGCCAAGAAGGUAUCAGAGACAUGUGAGGUCUGCCAGAGAAAUAACCCAAAAGGAGGGAGAAAAGAAACUUCAGGACAUCAGAGAAUAGGCAAUGGGCCAGGAGAAGAAUGGCAGGUGGAUUUUACUGAGUUACCCCGGCAACAGGGGAUGAGAUAUCUCCUUGUCUUUGUGGACACUUUCUCUAAUUGGGUUGAGUGCUUCCCAUGUCGGACUGCCCAAGCCCGAGAGGUGGUCAAGGCACUCCUAUGAGAAAUCAUACCUCGCUUCGCACUUCCAAAAGGAAUAGGGUCAGACAAUGGCCCACAUUUCAUUGCACAAAUUACUCAGAAGGUUUCUGAGUUCCUGGGAAUCAGCUGGCAUUUACACACCCCUUGGAGACCCCAGUCCAGUGGAAAGGUGGAACGUAUGAAUCAGACCUUAAAAAGACACCUUGCAAAGAUUUGCCAAGAAGCUCGACGCAAAUGGCCAGAGGCCCUACCCUUGGCCCUGUUACGAGUAAGGGUCGCACCACAUUCUAAAUUGGGAUUAAGCCCAUUUGAGAUAAUGUAUGGUAAGCCUUACCCUCUGAGUCUGCCCAUGGGUACUGAACAACAGUUACAUGUUUUAGGAGAGGGAAUGAUUAGAGAAUAUGUAUGGUCUUUGGUUUCUGUUUUGUCUUCCGUCCAUCAGCAGGUACGGGAUGUGCUGCAGAC